UAUAAUUGGUAUAUUCAGUAUGAAGUAGUACAUACAUGCUUCACAUUUGUUAAAACAAAAUUUAAUGAAUUGGUUCCCGAUUUUAAAUUUCAGGAUUUUCCGAAAGCGCGUUUACAGAGGAAAUUUAGUUUUGCCUACAGCGAAAAUGGAAGUCCACAGUCAAGAAUUGGGCAUUCUUACUGUACACUGCUACCACAAUCAAAAUUGUCUCUGAAAGGUGUUUUAGACGACUCAAUCUGAGGCAGACGAAAGCCGUCAACGAAUCUUCGUAUUUCUCUGUGACUGGACAGCGCUUACAUGCAAUCAAACUUUCCAUACACAACAUUAUGUAUUUCAGUUUCUGUCUACGGGAAAUUUUGCGCUGUCAGGCGAGAAAUUGCCGGCCCUAUUUGAGCUAGGUUUACAACAGUAUUGCUGCAUGAACAUUCUACUGUACCUCUUUUAUUGAAACCAGGCUUUCAAAGAAUUUACAUGUCGUACUAUUGAUCGAGUUCUACGUAUUCAAAGUAUUUCAAUAUGUUCCAUUCCCGUUGUCCCUUGAACAUCACUGACAUUAAAACUAAAGUUAUUGAAUUGAAAAUGUAUCAAUUUUCAUUUUGGUAUACACCAUUCGAGAACUGACAUUCCAUUCACGAACAUUAAAUCCUGGAGCAAAACAUGCGAUUCAUAUCCGUUGAAUUGUCUCCCCUGCACACUCGAAUACCGUGCUUUAAGGGGGAAAAGGAAAGAAUUUCAAUGAUCAUUAGGUACUCAUCAAAAUUUCCAUACACAACAUUAUGUAUUUCAGCCGUCUACAGGAAAUUUUGCGCUAUCCGGCGUGAAAUUGCAGGCCCUUUAUGGGCUAGGUUUACAGCAGUAUUGCUGCAUGAAAAUCAUACUGUACCUGUUUUAUUGGAACCCGCCUUUAGUAUAUCAGAUGAUAUAUGUGGCAAUGCUAGCAUACUUACCUGGUACAGGGGCAACCAAUAUGGAAUCCACCAAUACCAGUCAUAAUCAUGUCGAUUUAGACGUGUUGCAGAGGUCCGUGCGCUUGUUUGUUUCCGGGUCCAGGAGACAAACAGUUACACGUUUUGAAAUAGUGAAGCUGUUGCUGGCCGCUGGUGUUCCUGGGAAGGAGAUAGUUUCCGUUUUUAGAUUAGAGGCACCCAACGCAUGGUUCGUGACCUUGAACUCGGAAGAUCUCGUUGAUGACGUGGUUGGGAAGGGACCGAUGAGACAGCCACAUUUUACCUUGUCUCCAGAGCGUUGUGACCAACGCCGCCUAUCUCUCCGGGUCCAAUGGUUGCCCACCUGGAUAUCAGAUGAUGCCAUUGCUGCGUAUUUUCAUCAACUGUAUGGCAAGGUUAUUAACAUUUCAAGGGAGACAACGACAGUUGGCACAGUUUUAUUGGAAACCGGUACGAGGGAGAUAACCAUGGUAAUCAGAGAGGGUGACCAAGACAGGAUCCCUUACAGAGCCCGACUGUUUGGCAAAGUGGCCCUUAUCAUGGUACCUGGACGACCUCCGAUAUGCCUACGGUGUCAGCAGGUGGGACAUGUGCGUUCCCAAUGUCCCGGGAGAUCCGAACCGACGACUCGGGUGUCUUACGCUAAGGCAGCCCAGUCGUCGGAGUCUCUGACUGAGCAGAGCACACCAGCUAGCCCUGAAGUUGCUGCCGCGAGCCCCUCAGCCGGAGGGAGCGGUCCUGUGUCAAGUCCACCGGUUCCAGAGAGUGGUCCGACCGCGAGCCCCUCGCCCGGAGGGAGCGGUGCAGAUGUAUCGAUUAAGCGGCCUAUUCGGGAGAUUGAUGAGGACGGGUUUCAAGUGUCGAAGAAGGGGCGCCACACUCCUCGUUCGCCGAUGAUACUCUCCAACGGAGAUAUCAUGCCCGGACAGUAUACCCCAGAGGAGGACAGUGACAUGGAGGAUGAUGCUGAUCAGUCAGGAGACAACCUCGUGAUUGACGAGGAUUCGUCCGGAGUUGUUUGAUAGUGUUUCCCCCUUCUUUUUUGGAUAACGGACAUUGAACUUUUAUGAUUUCAUUUAUGGCGGCGGCAUUGCGAUUCAUUUACGACCCAUGCGUGUCCACGGACUAUGAGUUUCGUCUCACCUUGAAGGUGUUUAUAGUAAGUGUCACUCUAUUUUGGUUUCAUUGUUUGCCUUUUAUUUCCAUUGAAUGUUAUAUUUUUGAUGGUAUCUAUCAUCCUCCAUACUUGGGAUACACUGUGUGUGUACGUCCGUAUCAUUAUUUGUUACCUGGAAUCCAAAUGUAUAGGAUGUUUUGUAUCUGUUAUACUGCAGUACAACACAUUGUCUCGCAUUGUUAUCUUUUUUUCCAAUUUCAAUUUCACCUAUUCACUGUUUUUGCUACCAUUCAACAAUGCCUGUUUUUAACUAUAAAAGCCUUGUCAGUAUUCGAGCCUGAACUAAAUAUCCUUUCAUCACAGCUUGUUGGUAAUGUAUCGUUAGCUUUGUUUAUUGUGGAUGUUUUGUUUUGCGAUAUAAUAUGCAUUUAUCGAUGCUUACCCAUUGGUAUUAUUUUCAAUUUUAUUCAUUAUAAAACUAGUAAUAGUUUUCAUUGUUCAGCUGUGUUGAUUUUGUAUACAUGUACAUAUAGUGAUUAUUCUUUUGUUGGUAUUAAGCUGACAGUACGCUUGCGUACGCUUUACCGAUCUACUCGGGGCGCGUGUUUUGAGAGUCACUCUCGUGCACUCGAUACCUUACCUGUGUUCCGGUCGGGUGGUCACGUUUAUUGUAUAGUCGAUAGUCAUUUGAAUGUGGUUGUUUUUAUACUCACCGGUGGUCCUCGCUUCGUCAUUGUACAUAUAUUUUGUUUUAUUACGCUUGUCGGUCGAGUGUGUCGUUUUAUUCUCGACGCGUGGUCGUGCGCGCGCUUACCUUACCUGUGUUGGAUUAUGUGUUGUUGGUUCCUUUUUUACCUGUGUCUUGUAUUCAGUUCUAUAAAAUAUAAACAUAGUAAUAAUGAUUAAUACAACAGAUGGUAUAAAUAUAAUAACAUGGAAUUGUAACGGGUUUUUAUCUAAGUCGAGACAGUAUGAACUGAGUGAUUUUGUUCAUAAUAAUGAUAUACAUAUUGUUCUUUUGCAAGAGACCCAUGUGUCAAAUCUGUCAGUCGGUAAGAGGAUAGAAGAUUUUUUUAAAUGUAAAGCUAUUUGGAAUUUUGGUACCUUCAAUAGUAGGGGCACUGCCGUAUUAUUUUUUAUUGACGUUAACUUACAAGAAUUUUAUUUAGAUAGGGAGGGCAGAGCCAUGUUUGUGGAUUUUAAAUAUAUGGACAGUGAAUACAGAAUUAUUAAUGUGUAUGCCCCAAACAUUGAGGAAGAACGUAAAUUAUUUUUUGAUGAUAUAGUUCGUCAUUUUUCGUGCAGAAGACCGGUUAUUUUUGCAGGUGAUUUUAACUGUAUAGAGAACAAUUACAUUGAUAAGAUCGGUGGUAAUCCUAAGCGUGGUCUCAUUGGUAGUUUGUUUUUAAAAAACUUAUGUCAUGAUUUCAAGUUGUUUGAAACUUUUCGUUCACUAUUCCCCAACGUCGUUUCUACGACUUGGCAUGGUAAUGGUGUUUCAUGUAGAUUAGAUCGUUUUUAUAUUUCGUCUCUUUUAAAAGAAUAUUUAGUAGAUUGUAGGAUUUAUCCGUCUGGUGGUUCCGAUCAUGAUUUUGUGUUUCUCAAAAUUAAAUUAUUUUCUGAGGCUAAGUUUGGGCCUUUUUAUUGGAAACUUAACAAUAGUAUUUUGACCGAUAGAGCCUUCCAGAUUGCUUUUAAAACGUUUUGGCUCGAUUUAGUUAAAGAUAAGCCUGUUUCUUUGGAGGAUUGGGACGAUUGUAAGGCUAUAAUUAAAUAUUUUAUUGUCGGAUAUUGUAAACGUAAGACUAAGGUCAAGCGUUCUGUUGUUAAAGCUUUACAGGAUAAAUACAAUAAGUUGUAUUGUUUAGAGAAGCAGUCCCCUGGUGAGUUUAUUGACCAGGUUCAGUCUAUUAAGAGACAAUUACGUGAUUUUCACUCAGACAGUUUUAAGGGGUCUAUGAUUAGAUCCAGAGCCAAUUUUUUGGAUUUUUCUGAAAAACCUUCAAGAUAUUUCCUUAAAAUGGAAAGUGAUAGAGGUAAGAAGAAAUUCAUAGAGAAAAUUGACUUACCUGAUACUUCUUCUUCUGUCUCUAAUUCUAGUGACAUUUUAGCUGCUUUUCGGGAUUUUUAUGUGAAACUUUUUACUGAGGAAGCGAUCAAUUUUGAAUUGGCCGAUUCCUUUUGUGAAAAUCUUCCAAGACUUAACGCACUUGAUAUGUCAAUGUGUGAGGGUCCUAUAGAGAAACAGGAAAUUCUCGUUGCGUUAAGACACAUGAGAAACAAUAAGUCCCCUGGUAGUGAUGGUUUAACUAAAGAAUUUUAUCUUACGUUUUUUGAUUUGUUAGGUGAUCAGCUCGUAUUGUUAUAUAAUGCCGUUUUUCAGAGGGGUGAGCUGUGUGACACCCAAAAAUUAUCUUAUAUCUCUUUAUUGUGUAAAGACCCAAAUAACUCUUAUAACAUGAAAAACUGGAGGCCUAUUUCCCUUCUUAAUAUAGACUAUAAGAUUUUAUCUAAGGUGAUUACUAAUAGAUUAGGUAAAGUAAUUAAUAAACUUGUUGGCACUGACCAGACAUGUGCGAUAAAAGAGCGAUCUAUUUUUGAAAAUUGUCAUUUGCUUCGUAAUAUUGUUGACUAUGUUGAUCAAAAAGACUUAAAAUGUGCGUUUAUAUCUCUAGACCAAGAGAAAGCGUUUGAUAGAGUGAAUUAUGAGUUUUUAUUUAAGGUACUUACCGCUUUCAACUUUGGACCCGAUUUUAUCAGGUGGGUCAGUGUUUUAUACAAAAAUGUCCAUUCGUCCGUCAUUGUUAAUGGGUUUAUUUCUGACCCUUUCCCCAUCACUCGUGGUGUAAGACAAGGCUGUAGCUUAUCUCCCCUUUUAUACGUUUUGGUAUUGGAACCCUUUGCAAAAAAGGUCCGUGACGAUCCUGAAAUAAUUGGUAUAAAGUUACCGGGUUCCUCUCAGUCGGCCAAAAUUUCCCUUUAUGCUGAUGAUAGUACUGGUAUAUGCUGCACAGUCUCGUCUAUUUCAAAAUUGUUUUCAUGGUGUGAUUUGUAUGGCAGAGCGUCAGGGGCUAAGUUAAAUAAGCAGAAAAGUAAGGGAAUUUGGCUUGGGAAAUGGAAAUCACGUUCAGAUCAUCCUUUUGGCAUUAGUUGGGUGGAAAAACAUAAAAUUUGUGGGGUUCUAGUUGGAAAUAACGUCACCCCUGACGACAUUUGGCAGCCAGUUUUUAAAAAAUUAUCAAGGACCUUAGAUUUAUGGAAACUUCGAAAUUUAUCAUUUACACAAAAAUCUAUUGUUAUAAAGGUCCUUGCUUGCAGCAAAAUAUGGUAUAUCGGUACUGUUGUCAUAAUGCCAAGGCAUUAUUUAGAACUCUUUCAGAGAAUUUUGUUUAGAUUUUUAUGGAAUUCUAAGUCAGAGCCACUUGCGCGCUCCGUAGCCUAUGCUUCUCCUACUAGUGGUGGACUUGCUAUAGUUAAUAUAAAAGUUAAACUUCAAGCUAUUUACUUGAAGCAUUUGCAGAAUUUUAUUUUUAAAGAUACACAGGCCAAAUGGAGGUAUUUUACCAUGUACUGGCUUUCAUUAGAUUUGCGUGAAUAUUUUUCAUCUGUUGAUAAUAAUUCUCCUCAUAGCAAGUGGUGUCCUACGUUUUAUACUCGUAUUUAUAUAAUUUUUAAGAAAUAUAUCAAGGAUUUUCCGAAGUCCAACUUUCAAUCAGUGACAACUAAGGAGUUGUAUGGUACGUUAUUAUCUGGUGUCAUCACUACACCACGAAUUGUCAGGAUUUUUCCUACUAUAGAUUUUGCUCCUGUUUUUCUCAAUAUUUCCAAUAAGUUUUUAGAUACCCGCUCUCGGGAUGUAGUGUUUAAAAUCGUACAUGAAAUUCUACCUGUAAAUUUCAGAAUGUAUAGGUUUGGUAUUGAGUCGUCUAAGUAUUGUACAUUUUGUAGUGGUUUUGAAACAAUUUCACAUUUGUUUUUUGAGUGUCCUUUUAUUCAGCCUUUAGUUUCUUUAGUAAAUUCAUGGAUUCACCAGAUCUCAGAGAACAAAAUUCCCACUGAUUCGGCACUUUGGCGUUUUCACUCCCCAGUCAGUCUCACUCUAAAAGUAAAGACUCUUGUUUUAUUUCUAGUGGCAGAAUCCUUAUCUUCUAUUUGGAAUAUCCGUUGCGUUAAAAAAUACGACAGAAAGUCUCCCACUUCUAAUUCCCUUGUCUGCCACUUUCUUAGCAAUAUAAUUCUCCGUAUCAGGUCCGAUUUCGCUCGCUUCCCUAUAAACAUCUUCUCUGAGUACUGGUGUACUACAGAUAUUUUUUGUGCUGUGCGAGAUGAUGAAUUAAUUUUCAAUCUUCCCUUGUGAUUUUUACUUUUUGUGUAUAUUAAGUUUUUGUUUAUAUAUGAGUUUUCGUGAUUUUGCAUUGAUCUUUCACAGGUCCUAAAAUAUUUUAAUGAUUUCUGUCUGUAUUAUAUUAAUACAGAGUCAUGGAUAUUCUAGCGUAGAUAAUUUUGUUUAUUCCAGUUGAUCUAGGUUUAUGUAUUGUACAUCGUCGUUGUAGGGAUAAUUGCACCUUACCGGGGUUACCGGUUGUCCAUAGUUUACUGACGUCAUAGAGGCUUGUCUCGUGACGUUUUUAUUUGUAAAUCUGUAAAUAAAACCAUUUUAUCAAAAAAAAAAAAAAAAAAAAAAAGGUGCCCCCAGGUCGAGGCCUAACCAUUGCACUCCGGUCGGGCUGAACCCUGCGAUAAUCCCAAAUGCGGAUUACUCGGGUACGCUAUUUUUUAGUGUGGGGGUCUGCGUUCGCGCUAACCCCUGUUCAUAAAGUAACAAGAGAACAACAAUGCCCACGUAUAUAGCGACAUUCAACGCUACAUUUACACUUAAUCAACAUGCUUUAUGGUAUUGGUUUCCUAAGAAAAUGAUAAACCAGCAACACAAAGAAUGCUACAGAGUACCAAACACAGUAUAAUUCAACACGUUCAAGCUUUAUAAUUUCCAAACGAAUGGCAAUCGUAAUUUCAUAAUGCAUUCACAUUAUGUAUGAUCUCUUAACAUCACCGAAAACUAUUUUAAUAGUGGUAGCAUUUGCUCCGGGUAUCAUGCAAAAUAUAUUCUUCACAUGUCACACAAGGUAGCACACUACAGUAGGACAGCCUGGCCAUGGGCGAUUUUUUUUGUUAAGCAAAUAACUCGUGUAUUAUGAUAUGCAUAAAAAUGAAAAAAUAAAUGUACACUAUAAUUGGUAUAUUCAGUAUGAAGUAGUACAUACAUGCUUCACAUUUGUUAAAACAAAAUUUAAUGAAUUGGUUCCCGAUUUUAAAUUUCAGGAUUUUCCGAAAGCGCGUUUACAGAGGAAAUUUAGUUUUGCCUACAGCGAAAAUGGAAGUCCACAGUCAAGAAUUGGGCAUUCUUACUGUACACUGCUACCACAAUCAAAAUUGUCUCUGAAAGGUGUUUUAGACGACUCAAUCUGAGGCAGACGAAAGCCUCAACGAAUCUUCGUAUUUCUCUGUGACUGGACAGCGCCUUACAUGCAAUCAAACUUUCCAUACACAACAUUAUGUAUUUCAGUUUCUGUCUACGGGAAAUUUUGCGCUGUCAGGCGAGAAAUUGCCGGCCCUAUUUGAGCUAGGUUUACAACAGUAUUGCUGCAUGAACAUUCUACUGUACCUCUUUUAUUGAAACCAGGCUUUCAAAGAAUUUACAUGUCGUACUAUUGAUCGAGUUCUACGUAUUCAAAGUAUUUCAAUAUGUUCCAUUCCCGUUGUCCCUUGAACAUCACUGACAUUAAAACUAAAGUUAUUGAAUUGAAAAUGUAUCAAUUUUCAUUUUGGUAUACACCAUUCGAGAACUGACAUUCCAUUCACGAACAUUAAAUCCUGGAGCAAAACAUGCGAUUCAUAUCCGUUGAAUUGUCUCCCCUGCACACUCGAAUACCGUGCUUUAAGGGGGAAAAGGAAAGAAUUUCAAUGAUCAUUAGGUACUCAUCAAAAUUUCCAUACACAACAUUAUGUAUUUCAGCCGUCUACAGGAAAUUGUGCGCUAUCCGGCGUGAAAUUGCAGGCCCUUUAUGGGCUAGGUUUACAGCAGUAUUGCUGCAUGAAAAUCAUACUGUACCUCUUUUAUUGGAACCCGCCUUUAGUAUAUCAGAUGAUAUAUGUGGCAAUGCUAGCAUACUUACCUGGUACAGGGGCUACCGUGAUCAGGAACGGCGGUGCCCCCAGGUCGAGGCCUAACCAUUGCACUCCGGUCGGGCUGAACCCUGCGAUAAUCCCAAAUGCGGAUUACUCGGGUACGCUAUUUUUUAGUGUGGGGGUCUGCGUUCGCGCUAACCCCUGUU